AUGGGUCGGCGCGCCUGUUUCUUAGGGUACUACUUUCGGAUGCUUUCUCCUGAAGCUGACACUUCCCAGCCGAGGAGCCUUAAAGUCCCACGCAACGGAAGGAACGCGGCCCCGGCGGCGGCGAGACAGGGCUGCUCCCGGCCGGAAAAGAAACACGAGAACCAGGACGCGUCCACGCCACUCGGGGCGGGCGUUCGCCCCGAGCACGCCCACCUCAGACGCCAAAGAGCGCGAGGAGCGUGCGCGCUCCCGUCGUGGCGACGGUGGCGGCGAGCAGCGUCAGAGCUUGGAGGGGGGGUUGACGGCUUCUGGCGGGUGGCGGUGUUGAAGGCGAGAGCUCGCUUGGCCCGUGUCGCUUCUGUCCCAAGAACCGGACGGAGAGUGAGGGCACGAGGGUCGCUGUCGGGGGCUGUCGUCUUCCACGUACACGUCGUCGUGAGGAGCGCAGUCCGGACUCUCUCGCAACCCCUCCGGCUCCCUUUCCGCACGCCUCGAGGCGGCGGCGGCCACCGAGACAGCAGCGCACCUUCCCCCAUCCCUUCCCCUUAUUCCCCCGCCCAAAAGGGCCCGGUCUGCGCCCCACCCCCGCCCGUCCGCCCGCUACGCCGCCGCCAUGUCGGCGCAGGCCCAGAUGCGCGCGAUGCUGGACCAGUUGAUGGGCACCUCCCGGGACGGGCCCUGGUGGUGGCAACCGCCUGUGUGCCACUGAAAAUCGUGCCGAUGCCUGGCAUACUGCAUAAAUGGAAGCAGGGUACCGCGUUCAAUGUAUGUAUGCCUGCCUACCUCAAUCUGCAAGGGAGUGUCAGAAAGGCCCCGCAUUCGCCAAGCCGAGAUACUACUCGUCAACGAAUCAAAUUCAGUGAUGACAGAGUAUGCAAGAGUCACCUUCUCAACUGUUGUCCUCAUGAUGUCCUUUCUGGAACUAGAAUGGAUCUUGGAGAAUGUCUGAAAGUCCAUGACCUGGCUUUAAGAGCGGAUUAUGAAAUUGCAUCCAAAGAACAAGAUUUUUUCUUUGAACUUGAUGUAUGUGAUUUUGCUUUAAUGGUUUGUUAUCUUUUGCUGUAAAACAUGUGGAUUAAU